AUGAAGCAAAGGUUACCAGUGUUGGUGGUGGUGGUGGAGUGGACGAUGGCGCAUGUGGAGGAGCCGUUGCUCGAGUCGACUGUGGUGUACCCCGCAUCGCAGAGGCACGUGAAGUUGGAGGGGGAGGCGGGGUCAGCCGGCACACACGCCCCGUGGCCGUCACACGGGCCGUUGUCUGUGAUGCUGCAGAACGCCUGGCAGGCCGCUGUGCUGCGCUGGGUGGCGUUGGAUGAGCACUUGUUGUUCGGGGUUUCUGGGCUCGUUGAUCUCAGUGGGGCAGACCUUGCAGCCGGCAGCAAAGAGCACCCCAUCUCCGAAGAAGAAGUUGUGAGCCAGGUUGACGAGGGCAUUGUCAUCCGCCCCUAUGUUCACGAAGUCGCGAUUGAUGCGCCCAUACAGGCUGUUGCUGCUCACAUCACUGCGGAAGCACAGGGGGGUCGUGGAGGGCGGAAGAUGAUAUUGAGUGUCUGA